UAUUACCGUUUAAAUCUCAUCGUAAUUUUCAAGCGACUGUCUCUCCCUUUUUUAUCUUUGUUUUGUCCAAAAGGUAGGUUAGACUUGGAGCGAUGACACAGAUCUAAUGCUGAAAAGAAGAAGAAAAGGCCAACUUUUAACUCGGUGAUUGACUCACUCACCGAGUCAAUUUGGACAGUUUAAAGUGGUCCUGAAUCCCACUCACAAUUUCCGUGGAACGGCAUAUUCUUAAAAUAAAGAAAAAAAGGAUAAAAAAAAACAGGAAGAAAAAUCUGUGGACAGAUGGGAAGUCUGGUGGGAGAGAUUGAAGGUGAGAGAGAAAACGGUGUUGAGGAGGUUAUUUUUGUUGCGGUGGGGAGGAAUGUUGAGAAGAGUAAGACGACUCUUAAUUGGGCGGUUGACAACUUUCCCGGGAAAAAGAUAUGCGUGCUUCACGUUCACCGGCCAACUCAUGUACUUGCAUCGACGGACAGAAAGCUCAGCCUCAGGCGUGGCAAAUUGAAACAGCAUGCAGUAGAGGCAUUCCAGAAACUUGAAAGACAAAAAUUACGAGAACUCUUAGAUGAAUACCUUCUUAUUCUUGACCAUUCAGGGGUACAAGCAGAUGCAGUAUGGAUAGAGAUGGACAGUGUUGAAAAAGGAAUUGCAGAAAUUAUAGCACGUCAAAAUAUUAGAUGGCUUGUCAUGGGAGCAGCAGCAGAUAAAUACUAUUCUACGAAACUAGUAGAACUGAAGUCCAAGAAAGCAAUAUUUGUAUGCCAAAGUGCACCAGUUUCUUGUCAUAUCUGGUUUGUUUGCAAGGGCUGCCUCAUCUAUACUAGAGUAAGCAGAAAAGAAGGAUCUAGUAGAGAGAUUACAACUCCAUCACAACCACUGGAUUCGCUCUUAGGAUCGGAGCAAUCACAGAUCUUUCUGUCAGAAUCUGUGCUUAGGAAGAGACUUCGAGAACUAGAGGUAGAGACUAACGUAGUGAGGGGAGAUUUAAGACCUACUUCCACGCAUUCAGAAGAUCCAAACUUGUGUAGCAAUGGAGUAGGCAGAAAAGAAGGAUCUAGUAGAGAGAUUACAACUCCAUCACCACCACCAGAUUCACCCCUAAGUACAGCGCAAUCAGAGAUCUUGCUGUCAGAAUCGCUGCUUAGGAAGAGACUUCAAGAGCUAAACAUAGAUACAGACUCGGUGAGAGGAAAUUUAAGGUCUUGUUCCUGGCAUUUAGAACAUCCAAACUCGUCUAGCAGUGGAGUGAUUGACACAGAUGGAUCAACCCUGUUGCAAAUGGAUGAGGAAGCGGAACAUCAAGGGCAAGCCAGUAAUGAAAUUGAUGAACAAGUAGAAGUGUCUACUAUAUAUUGUCAUAACUUAAAGCAGGAAUCCUUUUCAGAGACAGUGAGACGACGGAAGGAGGAGAAUGAUGCCAUGGAGGCUAUAUCCAAGGAAGAGGCUUUAGAAAGCUUAUGUGUGAAGGAGAUGAUCAAAAGGAAAGAGAUGGAGGAAUUUCUUGAAAGAGAAAAGCAAGAAAUACAAAAGAUGAAGGAUCAGCGUGAUGAAUUUAUUAAAGAACUACAAAGGGUUGAGGGCCAAAGGGUGAAGGUUGAGAGCCAAAUUGCGGAUUACCAAUGCACAGCGGAGCUGUUGAAGGACAAGAUGUUCUCAGCUGUGGAACUUUUGAUUAGUUUUAAGAAACAACGGGAUGAGAUGAGAAUAGAGCAUGGAAAUGCCAUGAGGGUGUUGAAAAAAUUAAGGAAAUUGGUAAAUGGAGGAGAUGCAAGCUUUCCAGGGACACAAAUCCUUGAAUUUUCUUUCAUGGAGAUUAACAAUGCCACUCGUAACUUCGAUCCAUCUUGGAAGAUUGGAGAAGGAAGAUAUGGAAGUGUAUACAAGGGUUUCCUUCGCCAUUUGAAUGUUUCUAUAAAAAUGUUGCCUUCGUACGGCUCUCAAAGCCUCACGGAAUUUGAAAAUGAGGUAGAGAUAUUAUGCCGGGUUAGACAUCCAAAUCUGGUAACAAUAAUUGGAACUUGCCCGGAAUCUAGGUCACUGGUGUUUGAGUACCACAAGAAUGGCAGUCUAGAAGAGCGCCUUGCUUGCAAAAAUAAAAUCCCACCACUUCCAUGGCAAACUCGAAUUCGCAUUGCUUCUGAGAUAUGUUCUGCUCUUGUCUUCCUCCACUCUAACAAGCCUUGUAUCCCCCAUGGGAACUUAAAACCUUCCAAGGUCCUUAUCGAUUCCAAUUUUGUAUCAAAGCUCAUUGACAGUGGCAUCUAUCGCUUGAUCCCGCAAGGUGAAAAUACAGAUAGUUCUUCUUCAUCGUGUACCAAGUCCACCCCCAAGGUUGCAUCUGUUUAUACGGAUCCAGUGUGUCUCAAGAGCAGAAAAGUUACCCGAGAAUCUGAUGUGUACUCGUUUGGAAUGAUACUGUUACGACUUUUGACUGGGAGACCAGCUUUGGGGAUCUUGAAAGACGUUAAAUGUGCAUUAGAGACAGAUAACUUUGGCACAGUGUUGGACCGGACAGCUGGGAAAUGGCCACUUGAAGACGCCGAACUCUUGACUCAGUUGGCAUUAAGGUGUUGUGACAAGCAUCCAUUGAAUCGACCAGACAUGUCAGAAAUCUGGAGUCUGCUCGGACCAGUGAAGGACACAUGUAUCAACUCAGCACCAUGCUUGGAAGCUAAGGAGCUUCGUCGUGCUCCUCCUCAUUUUGUCUGCCCAGUUUUUCAGGAUGUGAUGAAGGAUCCACUCAUAGCGGCCGAUGGCUUCACAUACGAAGCCGAUGCUAUCAGAGGAUGGCUGGACAGUGGCCACGACACAUCUCCGAUGACGAAUCUUAAGCUCGAUCACUGCAAUCUGGUCCCAAAUUAUGCUCUUCAACAGGCAAUUCAAGAGUGGCAACAACAAUAUUGAUACUUCAUCUUGCUUUUCGUUUCCUGCGCAUCUGCCGGUACGGAACAUAUUACCCGACCUUCGACCA